AUGGGAAAGCCAAGACUGAUCCUGAUCAUUAGGCAUGCCCAGUCCGAAGGUAAUCGCGACAAGGCCAUUCACCAGAACACACCUGACCACAAGGUGGGCUUGACCGCCGAAGGGCAUCAACAAGCUCUCUCAGCAGGCAGUAAGCUCCGGGACCUGCUUCGAACCGACGACACUCUACACUUCUUCAUUUCCCCGUAUAGAAGAACGCGAGAGACCACGGAAGGCAUUCUAUCCGGACUUUGUGCCAAUGAGCCGGCUCCUUCCCCGUUUCAACGGUCACGCAUCAAGGUGUACGAGGAACCCCGCCUGAGAGAACAGGACUUUGGCAACUUCCAGCCCGAGACUGAUGAAGUUGAACGUCUGUGGCAUGAGAGAGCCAAGUACGGCCACUUUUUCUACCGCAUCCCCAAUGGCGAGAGCGGCGCCGAUGUCUAUGACCGCAUCACCUCAUUCAACGGCUCGCUCUGGCGGAGAUUCUCCGAAGACGACAUGGCCAGUGUUGCCGUGCUGGUUACUCAUGGCUUGUGCAGUCGUGUCUUUCUGAUGGCAUGGUAUCAUUACAGCGUUGAAUUUUUUGAAGAUCUACGCAACAUAAACCACUGUGAAUUCCUUGUCAUGAAGCUGGGUGGUAACGGAAGGUAUGUCCUGCAAAAUCAGUUGAGAAGAUGGUCUGAGCUCCGGGCCGAACGAGCUGCAAGAAGAAGUAUCACUGCGGCGGAUAGUCCACAGAACACCAUUCCCGUGCGGAGAUGGAACAGCAAGCACCGACAUGAUGCCAGUGGCAGUACUUUCAAACCUCGUGUCCCUAAGCGACGAUCUACAGCCGACAUGUUCAAAGACGACUCGAACCAGGGCUCGGACGAGGAUGGCGAAGAAAGCCCUAAUACCGAAACAGAGAGGCAAGGAGACACCGUUGUUGAGGAUAGCAGAGGAGCAACGCGGAACAAGACUGCUGGUGGUCAACAGACAAGAUCCAAAUCGCACUCUCAUCCACGAAAAGUACCAUCACAAGAUGCCAAUCUCAAGGCCUACCUAGGUAGAGACGGUGGAGGAUCCAAGUCGGGAAUGGCCUCGCCUCUGUACGGUUCCGACGAAGACUCUGAACCGCUGCGAAACCCUAAGCCGGCAUUCCAGCCCAACUCCCUGGCAAGAGCACUCAGAGGAGAGUUUGACGAUCCGAACACAGUACUGGCCGAUGCUCUUGGAGACCAGAGUGAUGCAGAAGUCGAUGAGGCCGACCUCGAGCUUGGCACAAAACAGCGCGAAGAUGCAGAAAUGAAGCAUAUUCUGGAGGAGGAACGGCGCGAAAGAAGUCACCGAGGUGACGUUUACUGA